GCAGAGAACGGACAGACCUCCACAUUUGAAGGACCCCGAACGGCCAAGAUGGCUGCGCCCAUAACAGACGCCGGGGAGUUUGAAAGCUGGCUAAAUGAUCGUCUUGACUCGUUAGAAGUGGACCGUGAGGUGUAUGGGGCGUACAUUCUAGGUGUUCUGCAAGAAGAGGAAAGUGAUGAGGAGAAAGAAGAUGCGCUUCAGGGAAUAUUAUCCGCAUUUGUGGAUGAGGACACGGUGACAGACACCUGCAGGCAGAUCAUCAAACAGUGGGUAGACUACUGCAGCCGGACAGCAGCCAAAAAAGAUGCCGAUGCUGAGGUCCAGGCCAUCGCCAGUUUGAUAGAAAAACAGGCCCAGAUUGUGGUGAAACACAAAGAGGUGUCUGAGGAGUCCAAGAAAAGGAAAGAAGCCCUCCUUGCUCAAUACGCCAACAUAACGGACGAUGAGGAUGAAGCUGAAGAAGAGGAGCCACCAAGCGGACCUAGUUUUCCUUCUGAGAAAUCUCUCUUUAAGAACACCAAUGUGGAGGAGGUGAUGAACAGACAGAAGCAAAAGCGGGACCAGGCUCGCGAAGAUUCUCAGAAGAAGAAAGAGACGGACAAGAUGCAGAGGGAGAAGGACAAACUAGCCAAACAAGACAGGAAAGAGAAGGAGAAGAAGCGUACACAGAAAGGUGAACGCAAAAGAUAAAACCAAGAGAAAGGACACUUUGUACGUGGAAAGUUUUGUUAAAAGACAAAAAAUGGAGAACAAUAGCUAUCGCCUCUUUUUAUCUUGUCCUCGUGGACACCUUUACUGUGUUAACAUCUUCAUCUGACUCUCCCUGUCUAUUCUUACUUUUUGAACCUCUUCUCCUAAAAUAUAAAGAUCAAUGAGAUUAGAUGUAGUGCUGGCUUAACAUUCAGAUCUUUCUGUCUAUGAGAUUGUUGCAUGAGCAGAUAGGGAAAGAUUUCAAGGAAUAAAACUGCAAGACUCUAAAGUCAUGAAACAUUUUGUCAGAAUGUGUGAAACAUGCUUUGACCAAAGUUAAAGCAAUCAAAUCAAGGAAAUCAUAUUAUACAACUGAAACAAAAGAACCAGGGGUAGGGGGUUAUAAGAGAGUCUUCUUUAUCCUCUGAGCCAGUGUCUCACUAAUGCCUUUGAUUUCUGUGCAACUUUCAAGUCAGGGCAAAUUUCAUCCUUUCUUUUUUUUUGUUUGAACAGCAUAACAAUUUCAUCUGGCAGAGAGAACAAAGGAGUAGAACCUUGAUUAUACCUCAAACUACCAUUAACCAUGAUUUGACUGUUUAUGGUGAGAUUCAUCAUCUUUUUAAAUCAAUAAAGAAAACAUUUUCAGCAACUUGAA